AUGUCUCCAUCCAGCGUUCAUAGUGGAGACCACUCUUCCACGUCUAAUACGACCAGCCCCAAGCCAACAGUCUAUGUUCUUGAUGCAUUUAAUCCUCAGGCCAUCGCCCACGCCAAGACCCUUUUCAAUGUGAUUCUUCCAGAAGACCCAGGUUUCGCCGACUGGAGGAAGAAAGCCACAGCAAUCCUAGUUCGAGGCUCAUAUGUCACUGCAGACGACAUCGAAAGUUGCCCGAACCUUGCUGCAAUCGGCAAGCACGGCGUUGGAAUCGACAAGAUCGACCAAGAAGCUUGUUCCAAGCGCGGAAUCCAAAUUCUGAACACCCCCGGGGCCAACGCCAGAGAUGUCGCUGAGCUUGUUCUCGCUUUGACAAUGGCCGUGGCAAGAUCCAUUCGUUCAAUCACCGUUCGGCAGAUGUCAAAGCCCGUGCCUAAGGAGACAUGUAACGGAUUGACUCUCUAUGGAAAAACCAUAGGAAUCAUUGGGAUGGGCAACAUUGGACGAACAGUUGCAGAGAUCUUUCGCGGUGCCUUCGAUGCCGAGGUCGUGGCUUGUGAUGUAUUCAUGCCCGAUGAUGCAUGGCCCCAUAUUCCUCACACAAGGGUGAAGACCGCACAGGAAGUUCUCAAAAUUGCAGAUGUGGUUUCCGUCCAUGUGCCUCUCACCAAAGAGACAGCCAACCUGAUUUCCUAUGACCAAAUUCGCACGAUGAAGUCAGAUGCUAUUUUGAUUAAUGCAGCUCGUGGUGGGAUUGUGAAUGAAGCUGAUCUGGGCAGAGCACUAUCCGAGGGACACCUUUGGGGUGCUGGGCUGGAUUGCCAUGAGCAAGAACCUCCAACACACGAAAAAUAUGGGGCUCUCUGGGAGCAUUUGAACGUGAUCAGUACACCACACAUUGGAGCUGCCACGAACCGCGCGCAGACGGCCAGUGCAAUGGCUGCUGUGAAUAACCUAUACAAUUAUUUGAAGAAUGUACAGAUCUAG